AUGAUUGAAAAAUAACUGACGUCGGUCUAUAAAGGGGAGAAGAGAUCAUGAGAAAGAGAAGUCGAUUUGGUUAAUUUUUACCGGUGUGAAGGAGUGUGUAGAUGCGAUUCUAUUGUGGUAACGCCAACCAGCCUUAAUUGCUACCAGAUAUCUAGCAAUGGAAAUACAGCCCAAAACUUAUAUUAGACUGGCAGUCUACGCAGCCAUUUUCGUUGUGGGGUUUUUGGGUAACCUGCUAACCAUUAUCGUAAUCUGUCGUCGGAGACAGAACAUGUCCGCAUACCAGAUGUUAGUCCUUAACUUGGCAAUAUCAGACUUUCUUUUUCUUAUCUCUGUUCUACCUUUGACAUCCUACGAAUUAUUUGUGGUCAUCGGGAAGUCUGAGGUUUUCUGCAGGUUUAUUUGGCCGAUGUUCACGAUCUUCUAUCUUCUGAGCAUAUUUACUAUUACCUCCAUGGCACUUCAACGAUGCCGUUCGAUUGUUUUCCCUCACCGACCGAAACUGAGCCGACGAAAGGCUUUUGCUUGGGUGGCCGCCAUUUGGUUCGCAGCGUUCAUCAUCGUCUUACCUCUUGCCAUCGUGACAAAGUCUGUCCCGCCUGGUCGGUGCGUUGAGUAUUGGCCCAGCUUUCGCUACAGACAGGCAUAUACUCUGGCACUUUUCCUCUUACAGUAUUUGAUACCCUUAGUAAUCAUAACCAUCGUGUAUGCUAGAAUCUCACAUUUCCUACUUCACAUUGGCGACUUUAGGCGGCGGAACGAUAGUUUUUCAACCGAGGAACAGAGCGCAGCGGAGGCAAGAAGGAUUAAGCGAAGAAAUCAGGCCAUUCGGACAUUAGCAGCCGUUGUCAUUUUGUUCGCCAUUUGCCUUUUUCCUGGGCAAAUAGCCUGGCUUUUGUCAGACUUUGGAAAUGGUGGAAAAAGUCAGAAAAACGCUAUUGAUGCUCUACUCAAUUUCUCAUACGUGCUGGAUAACUUCCACGCCUGCAUCAAUCCCGUUAUUUAUUGCCUGUUAAGCACGCGGUAUCGCAAGGAAUAUUUUGCAUGUUUACUUUAUUUAUUUCGUAAAAGUAGGCGAAAUUAGCUGCGAAAUGUAGACCUCCUAUUAACGAACAACUAAAACAUUAAAAAAAAGUAGAUAAAUUAUUGACAGAGUGCUACACAGCUGAAAAAAAACCCUCUAUUUUAAAGAACAACUGCGUGUCGUAAUGCUUUUACAUGUCGUGAUGCUGUUUUGAUAAUUAUCAUUCAAGGAGGCGUACAGAUACUUAGAAUAAAGGUCCUCAAAAAAUACUGAAUAAGUUCAUCAACUAAAAAGGCAUGUUCCACUUGAUCUAACCAGCUGAAAAAUGCAACUUUGAAUUAACGAAGAACGCAGAUAAUGCGUUUUUGACAGAUCACCUUGCACACAGGAUGCUGAAAUUAAACUUUUACCUAGCUAUAGCUUUAAUAAACGCAAUUUUGACGCGCCGGUAAAAUUUGAUUGCACCCUAAGCGUCUAUGUAGGUGCUUGUCCAACCUCUAUAAGGUCUUUUCAAAUAAAAAUACCGCUGAAAGUUAGCCAUUUACAAAAGCAAUUCGUUAUCAAGCUGUCUUCAGUAGGAGAAGCUGUGUACACAUGUAGCAGGUAUAUUUUUCAUAAAUGUUCACAGGUAAAAGAUGCACUUUUUUUUAGGCGAAAACAACAAUCUUCCAAUAGUAGUAUCUGCUGUAUCUGUUU